AUGAGAAUUGAAAGUGAAGAAUCAGCGUUUAAAUGGCCCCACGAAGCAAUUCUUUUGCUUCUCGAUGAAUACGAAAAACGACAAAUGAAUUUUAUCAGUGGGAAAAUGUCGCAAAAGAAAUUAUGGCAGGAAAUUAGUGCAGUACUGAAUACUCACGGAUACAUCAUCACAGGUCCUCAGUGUUUAUCCAAGUUUUCAGGGAUGAAAAAGACCUAUAAGAAAAUAAGAGACCACAAUAACAAGUCUGGAAAUUCAGCUAAACAUCGGCCAUAUCUGACUGUAAGGUUAAUAGAUGAUCUGAUCGAGAAUAAACCUUCAAUAACACCUGUAUCGACUUGCUCUUCAACUGGGAAAAAAAGGACUUUAUCCGAAGCUAGUUGCGGGAGUAGCAGUAGCAGUAACAUGGAUAUUGAAGCAAACCGAAAAAAAGCAAAAAGUACCCCCGCUAGCGAUUUAAUCGCAGCAUUAGAAGAAAGGUCUAGGAUAAGCGAAGAAAAUGAGGACCGUCGCUUCAGGGAAUACAUGGCGUUUAAAGAACAAAAAGCUAAAGAAUCAAAUAAAUAUAAACAACAAGCUUUAGAGUUAUUAGAAAAGCUUCUAUUGAAAUGA